UUUACUGUUUGACUGAGAUUAGCUUUGUGUGUGUAUGUGUGUGUUUUUAACUGUACAGCAGAUUUAAAAAUGAAGACUCUGUUAAACUAUCGCGAACCGCACAAGGAUGCAUGAAGCUUAAACCCUAAAAAAAAAACUAAAAAAAAACUACAAAUACCAGAACGUUCUGGAGUAUAUUUCUGUCCUGUGCGGUGGUGGUCCGUGUGAUGAUGUAAACUCACAGCUGUAAAUGGGAAUAAAGAGAAAAAGGGAGUUAGACUGGAUAUUGGAAAGAUGAGAUUUUAAGAGAACAAGAAUCUCGCCACAGAGUAGAAGUUGCUUGUGUUUUGGCUUGAGAUGGUUUAUUUGAGGAAAGCAGCGCCUUCGCUUUUUGUUUUUUGGAAAUUCGAAUAACCUUAAAUGAAGAAGGAAUUAGGAUAGUCGCACCCAUAUCUUUUUUCGAGAUCCACCCGAUCAAUAUUACAUAUUUAUGACUGCGUGUUUUAGAAUGCUAAUUGUUUAAUGGGUAUUGCUUUGUAAUUUGAGAAGCUUGGAUGGUGUCUUAUAAAUAACACAUCUGUAUGUUUUUCUGUUUGUAAUAUAAUGCGUUUCUGCUGCACAAGGACUGGUGUGACGAUGAAUCAUGGAUGUUGGCGACUACUUUUUUUGAUAAGAGUUACAAUUGAUUGAGCUCCGAGGCGAUACCUUAGCAUUUAGCAUGAAUGUAAUAAUGUAUACUUUCGUCGCCCGAGAUGAAAACAGCAGUGUUUAUGCCGAAGUUUCCAAAAGGCUCGUGUCCACUGGGCAAUGGAAGCGACUGAAAAGAGACAAUCCUAGAUUUAAUCUAAUGCUAGGAGAAAGAAACAGACUGCCGUUCGGAAGACUGGGUCACGAACCAGGACUGAUGCAGCUUGUGAAUUAUUACAGAGGAGCCGACAAACUGUGUCGCAAAGCAUCGUUAGUCAAAUUAGUCAAGACCACUCCAGAACUGGCCGAAGCAUGCAGCUGGUUGCCUGAAUCCUAUGUGAUCUACCCCACCAAUCUCAAAACCCCUGUAGCUCCAGCCACGAAUGGCAUCAACCACAUGAUUCACAGUCCAAAGACGGACGAGCGGGAGGUGUUCCUGGCAUCCUACAGCAGGAGGAAGGAGGCUGGCGAUGGCACUGUGUGGAUAGCUAAAUCUUCUGCAGGGGCUAAAGGUGCUGGGAUUCUCAUCUCUUCAGAUGCCAGCGAGCUGUUAGAGUUCAUAGAUAACCAGGGCCAAGUUCAUGUGAUCCAGAAGUACUUGGAAAGACCUCUACUGUUAGAACCUGGCCAUCGCAAAUUUGAUAUCAGAAGCUGGGUGCUGGUGGAUCACCAGUACAGCAUCUACCUCUAUAAAGAAGGUGUGCUGCGGACGUCCUCUGAGCCCUACGACAGCUCCGACUUGCAGGACAAAACCAGCCAUCUGACAAAUCACUGUAUCCAAAAGGAGCACUCGAAAAACUAUGGCAAAUACGAAGAGGGCAACGAGAUGUUUUUCGACGAGUUCAGUCAGUAUUUAUUAAAGUCUCACAAUACUGCCCUGGAUAGCAGUAUUUUACCUCAAAUCAAACAGAUAAUAAGGAGUUGUCUGCUGUGUCUUGAACCUGCAAUCAGUACCAAGCACCUGUCAUACCAGAGCUUUCAGCUGUUUGGAUUCGACUUCAUGGUGGAUGAAGAUCUGAAGGUCUGGCUGAUUGAAAUCAAUGGAGCUCCAGCAUGUGCCCAGAAGCUUUACCCUGAGCUCUGCCAAGGAAUAGUGGAUGUGGCGAUUUCCAGCGUCUUUCCUCUGAGUGACUCCUCACAGAAAACACCCAGUCAGCAGUCCCCAUUUAUCAAGCUGUAAAUAGAAGAGGGCCUCUGCUAUUCCAAAUUCAAGCUGUUAUUUUUCUCAACUCAGUCUCGCUGGCUUUAAUUUGAGUGACGGGUGAAACGGGAAGGGAAACAACUGAAGUGCAGCCUUAAUGACAGUGAUACUGGAUUGGCACAGAACUUUCUAAUUUUUUUUCCUUGCAAAUUCUUCUCCAGAAUAUUCCAAAAUGUAGCCUGCGUAUUGCUUGAGGAGUAACAUUUAUGAAUGAUCAAAAUCAGUGGCUAUUCCAUUGCAAUAGGGGUCUGGUAUAUGCAGGAUCGCUGCUGUGCAGAGUUUCAGAAUAUCAAAGAGAAUGCAAAACAUGCUGAAGAGGUGGUCUUUUCACAGUAGGUGACUGUGAAAGGUAGAUUGCUGAAUUGCUGUAUCACCUUCAGUGGUCUUAAGUACUGCAGCACAUGGUUGUAAGAUCUCGAUAUUUAACUUUAUCAUACAGGACCUGUGACUUUAGUGCCUUACAUCCCCCCCCCUACCUCUCCUCCUCACCUCCAAGUAUAAUAAUGAUCCUAUUAAGCUUAUAAACUCUGGUCAGCCUAUUCUAGUAUCCAAGUCAAUUAACUUUUUUUUUUUUUUUUUUUUUUUUUUUUUGUUGUAUCAUGGGUCCCAGUUUAUUAUUUUCUUUUGAAUUGAAGGAAAUUAAGAAGUUAUGGAGCCAAUGUGGAGCAGUAUUUAUUUUGAAUCCUUUGUCUACUCGCUUGGUGACUCCAGAAUUAUGGGGUUGGGAAGAUUGAAAUUCAGUUGGUUCAGUUUGGUAUUAUUCAUGUUCAUGGAUUUUGUUUUGCGUCUGUCCGUAUGUGAGACUCCCAAGUAGCCAGCAGAGAUGCGAGGGUGAGGAGGGAGUGUUACUCAGGGCAGCAGUGAGAGGCUUGAAUAUUAAUCAGUGUAGUCUUUUGGCCACCACGUGGUGAUACACACAAGUAAAAAUCCUAAUAGAAUAACUCCUUGGAGGCUUGGUAAGUUUAGCGGUUUUAUUCGUUCAUUCUUUUGCAUGACCCUGUUGACUGGAAAUCCUAACAGUGUUUACAGGUUGGAGACAGCUGUGUUUAACCACAGUUCUUUAGUAAUAGUAUUUUGUUCUUUAGUAUUAUUUGUACAGCUCUAAUUAGUAGGAUUUUCUUGUUUUUUAAAGAACUACCUUGUUUUGCUUGGUACAUAUUCUCACUGUUUUUAAAGGCGAUAAAGUUAUAGCUGUUUACUAAUUUGAUGAAUGUAUUUUUUGAUUUGGUACUGGGGUUCAAAUAACUUCUGUUUAGGGUCUCUCUGCCACCUAGACGUACUGUACCAGUGGUUUCAUUAUUGGGAAUACAGCCUGGCUUGUCAAUGAAGAGAUUACUAAUGCAAAACAGGUCUGAAUAUUUCACACUGAAAAGAACCCGUACUGUGGGUACGUUUGGCUUGGAGGAAAUAAGUGUUGGUUUUAUGUAGAUUAAUUUGUAUAUUGCAUAUUGUUAUAAGAAUUAGCAUUCAUUCCAGAUGUCUUAUUAUUUUAGUUUUAGGAUCAUUUUACUGAAGCACAGUAAUGCAUUUUAAAAUAGAACCUAAUAAUCAGUGUUGGCUUGAAAAACAGCAAAAAUACACUUUGAAUCAAAAUAUAGUUUGAUUUGCUCUUUCUUAUAGUCCAGUAUGGUUCUAAAUGUAAUCUAAAAAGUGACACGUAAAUAUAAAUAUAAACUGUAGACUGCAAAAUGAAUGCAUUAUGAAUGCAAAAACUUUGGUGUAGUUAUUUCUUAAAGGCUGUCCUUCAAAGUCAUAGUAAUGGCUCUUUAGUGAGCUGGAAGUCAUAUCAACUGUACUGUAUACUUGAUUGUGUUUCUGUUUGAGAAUAGCUAACAGCCCACUAAACCCAGUCCUGAACAGAAUGCGCUGUGUCUGCAGGUGAAUGUGUGUACAGGGUGACUGUUCAGAUCAAUGUUGAGGGGAGAUUCAUGAAGAAUUAUAUGUGCCUAGUAAGAUAUGCACAGUUUGAAAAGAAUGUUUCAGAUUAUUUUAUUGUUUAGUGUUUUAAUUUAACUUUUUUUUUCUUGUAUCACUGAACAAGACCAUAUCAGUUUGUUGCAUUAUGUUAGACAAAUAAGAUUGUGUGUCUGAACCACUCGAUAUGUGUGAACCAGUAGACUUGUUAGCUUAUUAUUUCAAAUGUUAAAAUUUUUUUUUAUAAAAAAUGUUGUAUUUGGAAUGAAUAACAUUCAACGCAAACUAUUAGCAACUCCUGUAUUUGCUAUAGCUAUCCCCAUCAGGAUUUCAUGGCUAUUCUCCUGUGAUUCAAAUGUGAGAAAUCCAGUCAACACUGUUGAACUAGUGACACCUGCUGGAGGAGGUGGGAACCUCAACCAGUUGCAAAUCCUUCUUCAGCAGCAUAAACUGCCCAGCUUGUUCUCGAUAAUUCCCCACCCCACCAGGCAUUGGCUUUCCUGACCACCAAAUAUGAUACCCUCAGACCAAGCAUCUGUCUGACUGAAAACUGCAAUAGCAUGGCAGGGUUAGAAGCCCUUCUGAGACUGAAACUCACAGGACACUGUAAAAGGCCUUAUUGGCUGUGUUUCCACUGUCCGAACUCAGUUCUAGAAACUGAUCUUAAUGAGCACUGCAUUUAUUCCCUCCUGUUGCAAGCAGGUUAAUUCGGGCAUUGAAGACUGGUUAGCUGAGCUUUCUAAGUACAGUUCUCAAUACAGGAAAGUAUAUCACCAGAAAUUGGAUCAGAGUAUCAUAAACCUCUUGGUCAUCAAUGUCACAGAUAAACCCCCCUUUUCAAAAAUGAGUUAUUAAUUAACUAAAGGUCUGUUCCCUACUGAUGGUGGAAAAUUGUUACUUUGAAUUCAAUGACCACAGUGCUCAGCACGAACCUGCUGUAGUAUGUUGAGAUGAGACAUGACUCUGCUGGUCAUUAGGCAGUAACACUGACCACUGCUGCUUUAUAUACCUGACAGUUGCUGCGUGUGUUCCCCUUCCCCCCACUCUUUAGGCUUCAAAUAAUGGCUUAGCAGUGCUACAGUCACAUAUGUUUCAUUACUAUCCAACAUCAUGUUGUUAUCUGUCGUGCCAAACGUGCAUACAUGCUUACAGAACUCGAAGGGAAGAGAAAAAAAAUUGUCUUGCAUUAUAGCACUGUUCUUGGCCAGCAGGGAAGAUUAGUGCAAUAAUGAAUGUAUCGCUCAUCAUAUUAUGAAAAAAAAACUGCUGUUAUUUAUCAUGAACCUGGAGUGCACUAUGAACUAUGUGAGGAGAUCAGUGCCUCUAGCAUAUCAUCAAUCUGUAAAGUGUUACCGAAUGAUAUCAAAUGUGUGUGUCGAUCCUGUGUUCUACUCUUGUUUAGCAGAUUUGUGCAUGGGAUCUUUACUUCUGUAUUCAGAACACCUAUCAUGAAGAAUAAAAGUAAAUGUGUCUCA